AUGGCCUCUCUGCCCAUCGCCAAAUCUUCCAAUGCGAAAUUAGCCACUGCCCUCCCAAAGGAGAUGGUGGCCGUUUUUGUUGGUGCCACGAGUGGAAUAGGCGAGUUCGCUCUCAAAGCCUUCGCGGAGCAUGCCCAGACACCUCGGAUCUACUUCGUUGGUCGAUCUCAAGAGGACGCAACCCGCAUUAUUUCCGAGUGCCAGAAGCUCAACGCCAAUGGCCAGUAUACCUUUAUCCGGGCCGACGUGAGCCUACUCAAUAAGGUCGACGAAGUGUGCCAGCAGAUUUUGUCCAAGGAAACAUACAUCAACCUUUUGUUCCAGACACAAGGCUCCAUACGCAACGAUAAAACCUCCGAGGGCCUCCCCAUUUCAUACGUUCUCCCCGUGACAUCCCGAAUCCUCUUCGCGCUUAACCUCCUUCCGGCUAUCCAGAGGGCAACCUCCCUUAAACGAGUCGUCUCCGUCUUCGCAGCCGGCUUUGAAGGGCCCUUCUCCGAGAGCGAGUGGACUGAGUAUGCGUCAACCCACAAUUUAAUGAAGGCCCGAGGCCAUGUUUCUUCCAUGAUCACAAUGGCCCAUAACGCCAUGGCGAGACAGGCGCCAGACGUCGCUUUCAUCCACGAGUAUCCCGGCUCCGUAAAGACCAAGUUCGGAAGAGACGCGAGCGGCGUGCUGGGCGGCGUGCUCAAGGUCGUAAACGUGUUGUUCCACGUCGUGCCCGACCGCCUGUUCUUCCAAGCUCCCGCAGACUGUGGAGAGUAUCAGCUGUACAUUGCCACGAGCGCCAGACUCCCGCCUGCCAAGGGUGAUGCCGCCGGGGUGGAUGUUUCGGACGGCGUGUCUGUGACCAGGGGCAGCGACGGCCUGUCGGGGAGUGGCAGCUACAAUAUAAACUACCAGUGCGAGAGUGCUUCCGCCGAUGUCGACGCCCUCCUUGCAAAGGCCAAGGCAGACGGAGCCGAGGACAGGAUGUGGACGCACAUUUUGGAGGAGAUCAAACGCAUCACUGGCAAAGCUCGGGAUUGA